AUGAAACUCACCAAACUGAACCCAAAACGUCUCUUCAGAUCCAAACCCCCUUCCACGCCGUCUAAAUCCACCGCCUCCUCUUUCUCCUCCGUCACCACCGCCGCCGAAGACGACUGUAACCCCUCCUCCGUCGUCACUCCCACCAGCAUCCUCCCAGAAGUCUCUCCUUACUCGUACGUAGAGAUCCUCCAGGCGUUCAAGCUGAUCGACAGAGACGACGACGGAGCCGUCACGAGACACGACCUCGCGUCGCUUCUCACGCGUCUCGGUCCCGAACCGUUGACGGAGGAGGAGAUCGCCGUCAUGAUGGAGGAACUGGACUGCGACGGAGACGGUGCGAUUCGUCUUGAGGAGUUAGCAAGCCGUGUAGUCUCCUCCUCGGAUGAUCAUCAGACACGUGGCGACGUGGAGGAGCUGAAGGAGACCUCUUUUUGCUCUAAUGUUUAG